AUAUUCACUGAAACUCAACAAUUCCAAACAAUGCCUCGUAAACUCCCCACUACCAUCACCAUCUUCCUUAUUCUCUUCUGCAUUUUUCUCCUCGCUUCCUAUUCUCUCAUCCUCUCUCGCUCCGCCGUAUCUUCUUCACCGGCGGAGCUCCGGUUCCGUCCCCUGAACCUCACCGCUUGGUACAAGGACUCGGAUUCUUUCAACAAUGUCAUUAGAGAAGGUAUAAGCGAUCGCACCCACCGAGCUCGACUCGUUACUUCUAUUCAACGCCCCGUCGAUUCUUUUUCCGUUCUUUUACCUAACUGGGAAGUCCUUGUUCUCGUAUCUAAUGAAAAUCAACAGACCUCAAAGCUCCGCGAUAGUGGUUUAUAUUGCCUUUUCCCAAGAAACGAGACUUGUCCGGCAAAUUUCUCCGGUUUGUUUCUCUUCAGCGGCGCCGUGGCGUUCAAGUGCAUUCUACCGAACCGGAAUCGUAGAGACCGGCCGUUUCGUCAGCCUGUGCUCUCGAGGUUGCCGGGGAAGGAAUCGAAUGCAACGUGUUCUUCACCGGUGAUGCCGCGGUGGGACUUCUUGGCGUACGAGUGUUUCUCCACCGAGACCGACGUGGUUGUUUUUGUUAAAGGUGUUAACAACCGUCAAGGUAUCAACAAGUCCCCAGAAGAAUUCAGUUGCGUAUUCGGUUACGACAUCAAGAACGCCGUCAGAACCGCCGUUACGAGCUCCAAGCAGGAGGUAUUUAGGUGCUACCAUCCCACAAUAAACACCUCCGCCGCUGCAGAAAGAAUCAAAGUCUCAAUAGAAAUCAAAAGAGAAAACCUGGUCGUCCCUUCGGUUGCAUACUACACUACUCCCCCCAGGCGCUCGCCACCAAACUCGAAUCCCAAAUCGCUAUUGUGCGCCACUACCAUGGUUUACAACGUGGCUAAGUUCUUAAGAGAAUGGGUCACGUACUAUUCCGAGAUCGGUGUGGACAAGUUCAUCUUAUACGACAACGGCAGCGACGACGAUCUCGAAAGCGUCAUAAAAGGGCUCAACGAAGAAGGAAAUUACAACAUCGAAAGGAUUUUCUGGCUUUGGCCUAAAACACAAGAAGCUGGAUUUUCUCACAGUGCAGUUUAUUUCAAAGAUUCAUGCACGUGGAUGAUGUAUGUCGAUGUCGAUGAGUUCAUAUUCUCACCAUCAUGGCUCAACAAUUCAUCUCGACCGUCGAAAACAAUGCUUAAAUCGUUGUUAUCAACGUCAUCCGAUCGAUCAACCGGUCAAGUUUCGAUCAAGUGUAACGAUUUCGGGCCGUCGGAUCAGAAAACCCACCCGGCAACGGGAGUAAUACAGGGAUACAACUGUAGAAGACAAGCGGAGCAACGCCACAAAUCGAUGAUUCUAUUGGAUGCGGUUGACCAUUCGUUGCUUAACGUGAUCCAUCACUUUGAUUUGAACGACAGUUAUUACAGUUGGAAAGAGUUGCUGUUGGAGGCGGCGGUGAUCAACCACUAUAAGUACCAAGCGUGGCCGGAGUUCGUGUCCAAGUUUCGAAGGAGGGUAUCGGCUUUCGUUGCGGAUUGGAGAACGAGGGUUAACCCGAUGUCGAAGGACCGGACCCCCGGGUUAGGGUUCGAACCCAACAAGCCGGACCGGUGGGAGAAAAUGUUCUGUGACGUGGAAGAUGAAAGGUUGAAAUUGUUGACUCAGAGAUGGUUCGGUUCUCAAACACCCGAUGGGUUCAAAAUGGCAUGGCAACGGUGAACAAUGCAAAGGCAUAGUUAUAUAGGGCAGCCACAUUUGUAGAUUUUAAUGACAUUUUACUGUCCGACACCCGUAGUCUUAUCCCGAGUUAAAUUGAAUU